CAAAAUAUCGAUACUGAUUGAUGAGGAAGUGCUGAUGAUACACCGCUAGCAUACCGCUAAAUCGUUGAGGUUGAUUUUUCUGUUUUGACGAAUGAAACAUUAUUUUGCGUAAUUAAUGCGUCAUUGUGAUUUUGAUCUCCUUGAUAGAAUGAAUGUCAGUGAAACCUAAAGACUGCUAUUGGCACAUGUGCCAUAAUGUCAUCGAAACAUUUAUCCGAGAAGUGUUUCAGAAUACAAUUUUCUAUCUUAUACGAAAGAGAGUGACCCACCCUAAACAAAAUUCAAUUUCGUCACGUAAAAUCAACAAAUAAUGGAAAAUCAUACGCAGGAUAAUGCAAUCAACAUGAAUGGAAGUGAGGAUCUACAAGAAAAAAUAAAUAGAUUGGAAUUAGAAAAUGUCAAAAUGCGAGAAGAAUUCAAUGUUCAGAGAGCCAAGAUGAAGGAAUUAUUUCUUCAAAAAGAAGAAGAAUUAAAAAGAAGAUUACAAGAUAAUACAGGUUUACAAAAAGAAAAUGCCAAAUUAAAAAAUGAAUUAGAUGAAGCAAAGAGUCAACUAGUUGUGGCAGAUUUAAAAAUUCAGAAUGAUAUACUUAUUGAAAAAAGAAAGGCACAAGAAGAAAUAGCAUCUUUGCAAAGGGUUAUACAUGAAACAAUGGAGGAAUCUUCUUGUUCUCGUAAGCAAUUGGAUACAGAAUUGACUAAAUUAAAAAUGACUCUUUCCAAAUUACAAGAGGAAAAUGCAUUGUUAAAAUCACAAUUACCUCGAGAUCCACCUUUAGAUGGUCCACAAAUAUCACUCUCUACAGUAACAAAAACAAUAGCUCGAAAAGUAGUUUCUCAAUUAGGUGCAGAUGCUUUAUCUUUAGGUCCUGAUAAUCUUGAGGAGAGCAUGAGGAAGGCACAGGAAGAUGCUGAAGUUUUGCGUUCAUUGGUAGUGCCACUUGAAGAAGAAAUUAAAGCUUUAAAAGAGAAAUUAAGAGCAACAGAUGAUGAAUUACAAAAAUGUAAAGAAACACAAUUGCAAAAAAAACAAGAAUCUAGUUCUUCUGAAUCAACAUGUGAUAUGUGUGCAAAUUAUGAAGCACAAUUAGUUAAGAUGCAAGCAACUGCUAAAGAUUUAGAAAAGCAACAGUUAGAUUCUGAGCGGAUGUUGCAAAUGCAGAAAGAAGAUUUAGCAAAAGAAGUGGAAUUUCGAAAAGAAAUGGAAGAAAAAUGGAAUGAAAAGAAAGAAGAGCUUAAAAUCAAAGUAGCAGAGCUUACUGUUGCUUCUCAAACUUUGCAACAGACUCUAACUGAAUUGAAAAGAUCUUUUGAGCAAGUUCAAAAAAAUAUGAAAGAUGAACUUGUGGAAUUAACAUAUGGUCGAGAAGAAGUACAAAGAUAUCUUAUCGCACUACAAAAGGAAAAUGAAAAUCUUGUUGGUAAACAUAGCAAGCAUUCCCAGCAACUGCAGAGUGAGAGUAUCAAUAUGCCGAAUAAUGUUGAGGAAUUGCAUGUUAGUCUCUUGAAAAUGCGAGAAGAUUUGAUUACUGCUAAAGUUGCUCAAGAAGUUGCACAAGAAAAAGAAGAAACAUUGCGAUAUGAAGUGACAUUGCUCCAUGAACAAAUGGAACAGGAAAGUAGAGUUAAGGAACAAGAAAUAUUGGUAUUAAAAAAUGAAAUUAGUGGAUUAAGAACGCAAUUAGAUAAAUAUGUACGAGAUUAUCGAUCUCUAGCUGAAAGGGAAGAGAAACUGGAACGAUUAGAAAAAGAAUUAGAUAUUGUUUUAAAAGAAAAUAAACAAGCUGAAUUAAAAGUGGCUGAAUUACGACAAAGAGUUACUAGUCUUCAACAAGAGCUAGACACUAGCGAAGCGGUUCAAAAAGAUUUUGUUAGAUUAUCGCAAUCGUUACAGGUACAAUUAGAAAGAAUUAGACAAGCUGGUAGCGAAGUACGAUGGCAGCAUGAAGAAGAUAUAGAAGAAUGUCCUACUUGUCAUACUACUUUUACAGUUACAAAGAAAAAGGUACAUUGUCGUCAUUGUGGCCAUAUAUUUUGUCAAUCUUGCCUUUCACAUGUUGUAAAAAGUGGACCGAAACAAAGACCAUCCAGAGUCUGUGAUGUUUGCCAUACAUUAUUGGUACAAGAUACAGCACCGUAUUUUAGCCAAGAACCACCACAUACACCUGAUUAAAUAUUCUAAAAAAAAUCAGUCCAACAAAAUGUGCAAUAUCAAUUUG